UUCUCUGUAAAGUGAAUUUUGUCGCAGUCUAGUCCCGUUUGGCCGGAGCCUCCGCUGGGGGUUGUGAUACUUCGCCCGGGUGUCCCGCUUUCCGCACCGGCCAUGGCUUUUGCCAACUUUCGCCGUAUUUUGCGGUUCACUGGGGACAGGAGGAAGCUGCGGGAGUACGAGCACGUCCGGAGGGACCUGGACCCCAGCCUUGUGUGGGACAUAGUGGGAGAGCUGGGGGAUGGAGCGUUCGGCAAGGUGUACAAGGCCAAGAACAAGGAGACGGGUGUCUUUGCAGCUGCCAAAGUUAUAGACACAAAGAAUGAGGAGGAGCUGGAAGACUAUAUGGUUGAAAUAGAAAUUUUGGCCACCUGUGACCACCCUAACAUUGUUAAGCUGCUUGGGGCAUUUUACUAUGAGAACAAGCUUUGGAUCAUGAUUGAGUUUUGUCAAGGAGGAGCAGUGGACGCCAUCAUGCUAGAGCUUGAUCGUGGUUUGACAGAACCUCAAAUUCAGGCCAUCUGCAGGCAGAUGUUAGAAGCGCUAGCCUACCUCCACAGCAUGAAGAUAAUCCAUCGGGACUUGAAAGCAGGAAACGUACUGCUAACUCAAGAUGGAGCCAUCAAACUCGCGGAUUUUGGUGUUUCUGCAAAAAAUGUGAAGACACUGCAGAGAAGGGAUUCCUUCAUUGGAACACCAUACUGGAUGGCCCCUGAGGUGGUGAUGUGUGAAACUAUGAAAGACGCUCCAUAUGAUCAGAGAGCAGACAUCUGGUCUUUAGGGAUAACGCUGAUUGAAAUGGCUCAGAUUGAACCCCCACACCAUGAACUUAAUCCAAUGCGUGUCCUCUUGAAAAUCGCCAAGUCCGAGCCACCCACACUUGCUGCCCCUUCAAAGUGGUCUCCGGAGUUCCGGGACUUCCUGAAAAUAUCCCUUGAUAAAAAUCCUGAAACAAGGCCAAGCGCAGCACAGCUCCUGGAGCAUCCAUUUUUGAACAGAGGCAUCAGUGCUCGAGUUUUGAGGGAUCUUGUAGCAGAAGCAAAAGCUGAAGUAUUGGAUGAAAUAGAAGAAAAUGGAGAAAUGGAGGAGGAAGAUUCACCAGAAUCAGUUUCUGUAAGCUGCCAUCUUCAUCCACCAGCAAAGAAUGGCCAGUACUCCUAUGAUAUGGAAAAAGAUAAGGGCCCUGUUGGCAAUGGAAUAAAGCCUCUUGCAGAACAUUCAAAGGACCAAAGCCCAGACAGCACUAUAAGCAGCAAAGCUGACAGUAGAAGUUCUUCAGAGAACAUUCACGUAGAAAAUCUUCACAGUGGAGAAGAUGUAAAGCCUGACAUUAUCAUCAUCAACCCAUUGGUUGAAGCUGAGAGAAGGAGCCACUCUGCGGCUGAAAAGCAUAGCCAGGACAAGGCUAAACAACACCUAUCAGUUACAUCUAACAAUCACAAACCAAAGAGCAGCCAAUAUGAACGUCUUUCUGCAGAGCUAUUUCAUAAUGGAAGUAUCGACUCUCCCUCACGUUUCUUCGGUAGCUGGUCUAAAAGGGACUCAGAUUCAGGCAGUAAUUCUGCUUCAGACAGUAUGGAUCUCAGCAUGAACCUGUCAGCUGAUCUUUCCCUUAACAAAGAAACCGGUUCCUUGUCAGUCAGGGAUUCUCGACUUCACAGCAAAACACUGAAGCGUACCAGGCGAUAUGUAGUUGAUGGUGUUGAAGUGAGCAUUACAACCUCGAAGAUUAUUGGGGAUGAUGAAAAGAAAGAUGAAGAGAUGCGCUUCUUGAGGCGCCAGGAACUACGUGAGUUGAGGCUCUUACAGAAGGAAGAGCACAGGAACCAGGCCCAGCUGAAUGCAAAACAUGUCUUACAGCAGGAGCAGAUGAUACGUCGCUUUGAACAGGAAAUGCAUACAAAGAAAAAAUACUAUGACACAGAGCUGGAAAUGCUGGAACGGCAGCAGAAGCAGCAGAUUGAACGUAUGGAACAAGAGCAUGCCGUGCGCAGGAGAGAUGAGGCCAAGCGAAUUCGCACUGAGCAAGAAAAAGAACAUAACCGAUUCCUUGAGCAUCUUAAGUUACGGAAAAGAGAGGUGAAGGCUGCAAUAGAGAAGCUUCCGAGACAACAACGCAGAGAAAGCAUGAGGGUGAAAAUGGAUGAGUUUACACAGAGGAAACAGACAGAGGAGCAACAGUUUCUAAACAAGCAGAAAGAAGAUAUGGCUUUGGCUAUGAGUGCCAUUACCCUAGAGAACAGGAAGGAGAUUCACAGCAAGGAGAGGGAUUUUCUGAACAAGAAACAGCAGCUUCUUAGAGACAGGGAAGCCUGCAUUUGGGAUUUGGAAGAGCGCCACCUACAGGAGAGACACCAGCUUAUUAAGCAGCAGCUAAAAGACCAGUACUUCUUACAGCGGCAUGAAUUGCUUAGAAAACAUGACAAGGAGAAAGAACAGAUGCAGAGGUACAACCAGCGAAUGAUGGAGCAGCUUCGAUUACGACAGCAGCAAGAAAAGGGCCGAAUGCCAAAAAUCCAGAGAAGUGAAGCAAAAACCAGGCUGGCCAUGUACAAGAAAAGCCUUCAUAUCAGUUCUAGUUCUAGUGCUGCUGAGCAGAGAGAGAAGAUAAAGCAGUUCUCUCAGCAGGAGGAGAAAAGACAAAAAGCAGAGAGAGCACAACAGCAACUGAAACACGAGCAAAAUCAACUGGAAAUGCAGGCCCAGUGUGACAGUAAUGCCAGGGAGCUGCAGCAGUUACAGAAUGAAAAGUGUCACCUUCUAGUGGAGCAUGAGACCCAGAAAUUGAAGGCAUUGGAUGACACGCAUAUUCAGAUGAUAAGAGACUGGAGGGAUCAGCUAAGACCACGUAAAAAGAUCCUGGAGGACGACUUAGAGCAGAAGAAGCAGGAACAGGAAAUGUUUUUCCGCGUGGGUGAAUUUGAAGCAGGACAAUGUGGACCUUUCCUGAAACCCGCCAAAUUUGUUGCCUACAGUUCAGCUGAAGCUUCAUAAGGUUUUGUUUAACUGAAGAGAACAAUACAGACUGUAAAGUUCAUCUGCACACACAGCUGGGCAAAGAUGUCUUACCACUUAACCAUCUACUUGUAUUGGUGCGUCCAGCAUAUCUGUAAAGGCGGCUGUAAGUCAUCUCCUGGACAUUCUAAAACCCGAGGAUCCUGUAAACCAUUGGAGGAAGUCAGUGUUCAUCAUUAUUAGACAUGAUUUAAGGUUUUUUUCUUGUGUCACAUCAUAUGAAGAAAUGGUUUAAGGGACAUGCCAUUGUUUGGCUGUGUGUGUAUGUGGUCCUUCAAAGCAUAAAGGCCAGCAUGCUUUAAUUUAACUAUUAGAAGAUCAGAAACUGUAUGCCAGUUUGCUGCCAGUUUAUUCCUUAAUUAUCCAU